AUGAAACACCUCGUCAGGAAUGAUGCUGGGCCGACUGGCCGAGGCGGAGGAGGUAAGGUACACAGUCGCUACGCCCUCAGUUUUUUAAAGGUCUUCUUCCCUUUUUACCCCCCCCUCCCACACACACACUUUUUUGCCCCACUCCUACCUCCGUGCAGGUGUUCACCCUGGAGCAUCAGCUGCGACAGGCACCUGGCAGUGGCUUAUUUCCAGCGGGGGACUGUGUUUUACCAGAGGCAGAACCAUGAAAAGGCCGUUGAGGAUUUCAAAGAGGCACUGGCCCAGCUGCGAGGCAACCAGCUCAUCGACUACAAGAUCCUGGGGCUGCGGUACAGGCUCUUUGCUUGCGAGAUCCUCUACAACAUCGCGCUGGUGUACGCCACGCUGGAGGACUGGAGGAAAGCUGAGGAGCACUUGACGCUGGCCAUGAGCAUGAAGAGCGAGCCCCAGCACAACAAGCUCGACAGGGCGAUGGAAGCCAUCCUGAAGCAGAAGCUCUGCGAGCUGGUGGCCAUUCCCACGGGGAAGCUGUUUAGACUGAACGAAAAGCAAGUGGCUCAGCUGGAGAAGGACUACCUGGGAAAGGCUAUGGUGGUGGCAUCUGUGGUGGACAAGGAUGACUUUUCGGGAUUUGCUCCACUUCCCUGGGGAAGAACAGGGCAGGGUGAUUGACAAGCAGCACUAAGACGUCACCUCUCCAGCUGAGCAGGAAGGCGGGCAAGGGGAAUAGCACAGCAACCCAAAUUCGCCUUGCACCAGCUGAUUUUAUCCUCCCUGCCUCCCCACGUGCGUGUGUGUACCUUUGAUGGCCCCGUGCCUGCUCCUGCCUGUUUUCCUGCGUGGGAGUUGCCGAAUCGCAGCCUCAUCCCGCGGUGGAGCAGCAGCCAGCUCCCUGUAGAUCAAACCUCCUCGUGAUGAGGCGGGGGAAGAGUCCUGGUCCCUCGAAAGAGCAAAACAAAAAGCAGUUAAAUGAAACCCAAACGUUGGUUGGGGUGGGUUUCCCGUGGAGCACAGCUGCCACCCCUCUGCCUCCUUCCCACUCGUGGCUGCGCUGGGAGAAGAUGGAGAACUUUGGGAUCGUUAAAAUCUCAUCAGAGCUGCUCGCACGCCAAAAACCUGACAACAGCACUGGAAUGGCCAUUUCAAAUCGGUCAGUCCAGCCACCGCAAACACAAAAUCCAGGGAGUUAAAGGCGGUUUUCUCUGCUUUCAUGUUUUGCAUGAAAGGAAUUAUUUACUUAUUUAUUUAUGUUGUGACUCAGAGUAUUUUAAAAUUAUACAGCAAGUCUGGUCUGGUUGUUUCAUGAUGCAUCAGCGGCCAAAGUCAAUUUUUGGAAGGUAGAAUCCAGUGAAUAAAAGCUGCAUGCAUUA